AUGCAGGAGGCCAGCAACGGAGAAGAUACGGCACUCUCGUUGAAAGAGUACCAAUGGUUUGAACAGACUAGCUACUCCGUGGCAGUACGACAUGUCAAUUCGUGGCCAGCAAGAUACAUCAUCGAUUUGUUGUUCUAUUCGUGUCAAAUCCCAUACCCCCCAGAUGCGGCGGAAGAGGAGAAGCUUGCAAAGAUCAUUCGCGAAGGGAAUGCUCUCUACAUCCAAGCCGUCUUGUACUCUACCAAGGCGAGAUCUUUCUCGCCGUCUUGGACAGCCGAGGAUCUCCCAAGGUCGUCUUAUUCCGACACGGCGCAGCCAUCGUCGACAGAGAUCGAGAGGAUGUUGUAUAGACAGGUGCUCGACAAAUCUUCACAACUGUAUGAACGAUUCACUGCAUUGCGGUCGUCCCCGUGCCCCUCCGAGACGACUGCAGAGGAAGUCGAGAAGAUGGGCGAGAAACUGAUCGGCCUGGCGCCUCUAAAUUUCGAAGCCGCCUUGUUCCUCGUAUCUAUCGAAACGGAACCCGGUCGGUGUAUGAACGAAUCGUCGCUCAUCCAGGUUGUCGACCAAGCCAUACAGCUGCGGCCAGACUACAGAACUUAUUCAAUUCUGGCAGACCUGAUUUUGUCUGCCUCCACGAUCCCUGAAUUGCAAGACCAGGGAGAGGGAGAGGGAGCUAAGACUACGCCUCGCCUCGCCGUCUCCACCGCGACCAAGCUUCUGGCGAAACUCAUCCAAGGACUUCGAAAUCAACCUGAAUACGACAUUCCACAAGCGUCACGCUGGAUCCGAUGCGUAGCCCAAGUCAUUCUAGAUCGGCGUGGCGCACCUCCAACCUCAUCCAAGCCAGACUCGAAGUUGGAAGAUUUGAAUAACUUGGAGACACUGAAAAUGAUCACGGAGCAAGCGUUGACACUGGCGCGGUCAAACACGACUUCAGUCUCGGAGUCAGGCUCCGGCUCCGGCUCUGACAUACAAGCCAGUCGGCAUGGCUAUCCAGCUGAUGAACUCGAAUGGCUCGCCACGACGUUAUUCAAUCUUUGCAUCGACCUGUUUGUUUCUUCCCAGGGAGAAGGAGAAGGAGAAGGAGAAGGAGAAGGAGAAGGAGAAGUGGAAGGGGAAAGUGGGCUGACGGCUCGCAGACCCAACAUUUCCUCAGGCGAUACGAGCGACGCUUUGCAGCCGCACUUCUGGGCCAGAAGGGCUAUUGAGAUUGCUGAUAUUCUGGAUGCUGACGGCGCUCUGUCAACCACUGGCUGUCCCGCCACUACCACUGGCUCUGGAGAUGGCCAUCUUCUCUCGAAUUUGUUGCGGGAGCGGUCGCGGAGUCUCGGAUGGGAGUUUUAG